CAGUCGCGAGCGGACGGUCCGUGGAGAUCGGAGAUCGCAGAUCGGCCCAGAUACAAAUACAUAAGGCAAAUACAGACCGAGAACGGAAUCGAUCGAUUGGCGAUCUCGUUUGAAUUCGAAACGCGGCCGAAUCUAGUCUGAUCGGAGAUCCCCAGCCGAACUGACGUGGUGCCUCCGCCAAACCUACCAUAUAGGACAUUAGCUCGUAGUCUAGGUGAUAUCCAGCACUUGCACUGGGUGAUUAGAGCCGGUCUCCGAGGUGCAUAGAACGUAAGAAGUCGGAACAGAGCGCGUCGAAGCCGAGCAUACUUAUAACCUGUUUCGGAUCCGUCUAAAUUGCCUUCAAAAUGUCAAAAAUGCCCGAGACAACGUUUGCCGACCUGAGUCUGGCUGAUAAGACUGCAGUGAAGAAGUCCAGUAUUGAAGCUCGACGGUUCUCUGAUGUCUCCACCUGUUCAUUCAGCUCCACCUGUUUCACUGGAAGCUCCGACGAGGAUGAGAUCUCUCCGAAGGACAACCAGCAGCGCAACUCCGCCGGCGGGACCGACUUUUGCGUGAAGAGCAUUUCGAAGAGCGCCUUUGGAAGGCGGGAGAUCGAGAUCGCGGAGUCGGAGAUGCCGGGCAUCAUGACGCUGCGCAAGCGGGCCAAGGAUGAGAAGCCCCUGAAGGGAGCCCACAUUGUGGGAUGCACCCAUGUCAACGCCCAGUCGGCGGUACUGAUCGAAACCCUGAUCCAACUGGGCGCCUCCGUUCGCUGGGCUGCCUGCAACAUUUACUCCACCCAAAACGCGGUUUCCGCUGCUCUGGCAGAGGCGGGAAUCCCGAUCUUCGCCUGGCGCGGGGAGACGGAGGAGGAGUUCUGGUGGUGUUUGGACAAGGCCAUCUACGCCGAGGGCUGGCAGCCCAACCUGAUCCUGGACGAUGGCGGGGAUGCCACGCACCUGAUGCUGAAGAAGUACCCGGAGUACUUCAAGGCCAUCCGGGGCAUUGUGGAGGAGAGUGUGACCGGGGUUCAUCGGCUGUACAUGCUCUCCAAGGGGGGAAAGCUCACUGUGCCGGCCAUCAAUGUGAAUGAUUCAGUAACCAAGAACAAGUUUGAUACCUUCUACACGUGUCGGGACUCCAUCCUCGACAGUUUGAAGCGCACCACGGACAUUAUGUUCGGUGGAAAGCAGGUUGUGAUCUGUGGCUAUGGGGAUGUGGGCAAGGGUUGUGCCCAGUCCCUAAAAAGUCAAGGCUGCAUAGUCUACAUCACGGAGGUGGAUCCCAUAUGCGCCCUUCAAGCUGCCAUGGAUGGUUUCCGGGUGGUGCGGCUCAACGAAGUCAUAAGGAACGUGGAUGUGGUGGUCACGGCAACGGGCAACAAAAAUGUAAUCACCCGGGAUCACAUGAAUCGCAUGAAGAAUGGCUGCAUCCUGUGCAACAUGGGACACUCUUGCUCCGAGAUUGAUGUGAACGGCUUGCAUACCCCGGAGCUGACGUGGGAGCGAGUCCGUUCCCAAGUUGACCACAUCCGCUGGCCCGACGGCAGGAUGAUCAUUCUUCUGGCCGAGGGCAGACUGGUGAAUCUCUCCUGCUCCACGAUUUCCUCGUUUGUCGUAUCCGUUGCCUCCUCCACCCAGGCCCUGGCUCUCAUUGAACUCUUCUCAGCGCCUGGAAGAUACAAGUCGGAUGUCUAUCUGCUGCCAAAGAAAAUGGACGAGUACGUGGCCAGUUUGCAUUUGGCCACUUUCGACGCCCACUUAACGGAGCUCACGGACGAGCAGGCUAAAUUUAUGGGCUUAAACAAGGCCGGGCCUUUCAAAGCUAAUUACUACAGAUAUUAAUCAGUAUUUAAUGUUUUGUCCUGUUAUUUUCGUUCUCUAAUUUUAAUAUUAUUAGGAAAAUACAUAAAAAUAUGAAUAAUAAAUGUAUGUAAAUACA